AUGUCCUGUCGUGUUCGCGCCGUAGCAAGAGCAGCUUCUAAGUUCACUUCCCCGCCCGUUCCGAAACAGAGCGGUUCGACAGCCACAGCGCUCGUUGUCGUGGGCAUUGCUGUCAGUGGCGCACUACUCUACCCACGGGUGACGAACCAAUCUGCGAAAGACACCGAAGAGUACCAAUCUGAGGCGACUUUCGACUACAAAGAUCGCACAGAUUCAUACCUCGUGAUGGCGCCAAACACGCCUGUGGGGCGACCCGGGACGCUCACGCCCGAGCAGGAGGGGAAGCUGCGCGAACUCUGGGCUGCGACCAUGAAGGUGUUUGGAGCUCUUGACGAGGAAGCCAACGGCGCGGAAGUGGCUCCAGCUGCAGUCAACGACGCAACAGAAAAGGACGGCAAAAAAGACAAGAAGAAGAGCAGGCUCAAUGUUUUCAGGCGGAACAAGGGCGACAAGGCGGACUCGGAGACUACGUCUGGCGCUUCAACACCCGGCACGUCAACCCCAGACAUCAGCAAGAUCUCGCUGGAAGACGACAAGCACGGGCAGAACAAGGACUUCCGCGACGCGAUCGCGAACACGGCACCAGAGGACCUGCGCAAGGCAUUUUGGGGCAUGGUCAAGCUGGACCACCCCGAUGCACUGCUGCUCCGGUUCCUGCGCGCGCGUAAAUGGGACGUGGACAAGGCGCUCAUCAUGAUGAUCUCGACGAUGCACUGGCGGCUCGAACAGAUGCAUGUCGACGACGACAUUAUGAAGAACGGCGAGGAGGCCGCGCUGAAGGAGAGCAAGAGCGACGACCCGAAGGUGAAGAAGGAGGGAGAGGAUUUCCUCGCGCAGCUUCGUAUGGGCAAGAGUUACCUCCAUGGCUUGGAUGCAGAGGGCAGACCAAUGUGCAUUGUACGUGCGAGAUUACACCGCGCGGGCGAGCAGUCGGAGGCCAGUCUCGAGCGGUACACCGUCUACACCAUCGAGACAGCGCGCCUGCUCCUCCGUGCCCCGAUUGACACCGCUACAAUCGUCUUUGAUAUGACCGACUUCUCCAUGGCAAAUAUGGACUAUGCCCCCGUAAAAUUCAUGAUCAAAUGCUUCGAGGCAAACUACCCGGAAUCCCUUGGUACCGUCCUCGUCUACAAAGCCCCCUGGAUCUUCAAUGCCGUGUGGAACGUCAUCAAGGGCUGGCUCGACCCUGUGGUCGCAGGCAAAGUGCACUUCGCCAAGAACGUUACCGAGCUCGAGAAGUUUGUGCCAAAAAGCCAGAUCCCGAAGGAGUUGGAGGGAGACGAUCCCUACACGUACGCCUACACCGAGCCGGUCGAGGGAGAGAACGCGAGAGAUGCGGCGCCCAUAGCCGCCCUCGAGAGCGAGAGACAGGAAUUGGUGAGCAAGUACGAAAAGACGAUCCUCGAGUGGGUGGCCGAUGGCGGAGCUAGCUCGUCGCUCGACGACCGGAGACGGAAGCGCGAUGCAGUCGCCGAGAGUCUGCGUGUGAACUACUGGAAGCUGGAUCCGCACGUGCGGGCAAAGUCGCUGUAUGACCGGAUAGGGUUGAUUGGGGAGGGCGGGAAGCUUAACUUUUACCCUGAGCGGGAGAAGGAGAAUGUCAAGCCCGCAGUGGAGACGAGUGCGGAUGAUCUUGAUUAG